UAAGCCGCCCGGGAGCAUCUGCAAGCUGGAGCGGGUGGAGGAUGCUGCGGCAGGUGAUCCACAGAGGGCUUCAGUCGUUUUGCUACAAGCUGGGCUUGUUCGUGAGCAGGCAUCCGGUGUUUUUCCUCACGGUGCCCGCAGUCCUGACCAUCGUCUUCGGCUUCAGCCUGCUCAACCGCUUCCAGUCUGAAAGGGACCUGGAGACGCUGGUAGCCCCCAGCCACAGCCUGGCCAAGAUCGAGCGGAGCUUAGCCAGCAGCCUUUUCCCCCUGGAGCAGUCCAAAAGCCAGCUCUAUUCGGACUUGCACACCCCGGGGAGGUAUGGCAGGGUGAUCCUCCUCUCCAAACCUGGAGGCAAUAUUUUGCAUCAGGCUGAUGUGAUCCUGCAGAUCCACCGAGCCGUGCUGGAAAUGAAGGUGAACUACAAAGGCUAUAAUUAUACUUUUUCCCAUCUGUGUGUGUUGAGAAAUCAGGAUAAGAAAUGCGUGCUGGAUGAUAUUAUUUCAGUGCUAGAGGAUCUGAGGCAGGCUGCCCUCUCCAAUAAGACAACAGCCAGGGUGCAAGUGAGCUAUCCCAACACUAAAUUAAAGGAUGGAAGGAGCAGUUUUAUUGGACACCAGCUUGGAGGGGUCAUGGAGGUGCCAAACAGCAAGGACCAGCGAGUGAAGUCAGCCAGAGCCAUCCAGAUCACCUACUACCUCCAAACCUAUGGCUCUGUUGCCCAGGGCCUUAUUGGUGAAAAAUGGGAGAGUGAAUUCUGUAAACUGAUGCGCAAGCUGCAGCUGGAUCACCAAGAUCUGCAGCUCUACUCGCUGGCAUCCUUUAGUCUUUGGAAGGACUUCCACAAGACCAGCCUCCUGGCCAAGGGCAAGAUCUUAGUGAGCCUGAUGCUCAUUCUACUGACUGCGAUGCUCUCGAGCUCCAUGAAGGACUGCCUGCGAGGCAAACCUUUCCUGGGAUUAUUGGGAGUAUUUACAAUCUGCAUCUCCAGCGUCACUGCGGCAGGGAUAUUUUUCAUUACUGAUGGAAAAUAUAACUCUACACUGCUGGGAAUCCCCUUCUUCGCAAUGGGUAAUUCUUUAUCUUCAUAA